AUGUGCGGAGGGGACGAUGAUGACACUGUUGGAGCAACUAACCUGUCAGUGGGACUGGGGAGUCUAAACAACCUCUCCCUGAACUGCUGGCUUGAUCUCCUCUCCAAAGAGUCAGCUCCUGAACUGUACGGGGACAGCGCUAACUUGGCGGUGCGUGUAAUCAUUGCGCUGGUCUACUUGGUGGUCUGUGCACUCGGUCUUGUAGGUAACCUGCUGGCACUGUUCCUUCUGCAUUCCCGCCACCGGAAGAACCACUCAUCCAUUGAUUGCUAUGUGAUGAGCCUGGCGCUCACCGACCUUCAGUUCGUCCUCACCCUGCCCUUCUGGGCGGUAGACACGGCUCUGGACUUCCGCUGGCCCUUUGGCAGGGUGAUGUGUAAGAUUGUCAGCUCGGUGACCACCAUGAACAUGUAUGCCAGUGUCUUUUUCCUGACGGCCAUGAGUGCAGCACGCUACUGCACUCUCGUCUCCUCUCUGAAAAUGAGAAGCCCCAAAAUGGCCGCCGUUCGUGCUAAGUGGACCAGCUUGGGUAUCUGGCUGGUAUCAGUGGUUGUCACACUUCCCCAUGCAGUCUACUCAACCACAGUCCAGGUGUCUGCAGAUGAUGAGCUGUGUCUUGUCCGGUUCUCAGACUCAGAUUCAGGCCGCUGGGACCCUCAGGUUCUCCUGGGUCUCUACCAGAUUCAGAAGAUGCUGUUGGGAUUUGUAGUUCCCUUGGUAGUGAUCAGUGUGUGCUAUCUCCUCCUCCUGAGGUUUAUCCUCAGCCGCCGUGCCGUGGGUGGUGCACUCGGCAUGGACAUGAAACGCCAGACUGAAGGCGAGAAGUGCCGUGACCGGCGGCGCUCCAAACUGACCCGCUCUGUCACCAUCGUGGUUUUGUCCUUCUUCCUUUGCUGGCUUCCAAACCAGGCACUGACCCUGUGGAGCGUGCUCAUCAAGUUUGACCAGGUUCCCUUCAAUAAGGCCUUCUACAAUGCCCAGGCCUACGCUUUCCCUCUGACUGUGUGUUUGGCUCAUACCAACAGCUGCCUGAACCCAGUGCUGUACUGUCUGAUCAGGCAGGAGUACCGGGCUGGCCUGAAGGAGCUGCUUGUCCGAGCGUCUCUAUCCAUCCGGAGCUUUCUGACUCUGGCCCUGAGGGGGAGGAAAGUGGAGGAAAGCAUGCCCGGCAUGGUCGUUGUCCACGAGGAUAUCAACAUGUAAAUUACCCUCAGGUUGA